AUGGUGGCUGCAGGCUGUGGAGAGUAUGUUGCCGGUACUCUCGAUAGAGAUGCAGCAGCACCGGCCUCCCUGAUGCAGAAGCAGCAGCAAGUGGCGAUAACAAGCUGGGUGGCACAGGCUGAGCUGGCAGGACUGGCUCUGCCGCCCGAUCUGAUCCAAGAAUCUGCACAUGCCGCCCGGUUUGCACAGAUGCAGAUGCAGGAGCAAGCUGAGUCAGGGGAGCAGACUCUGCGAGAGAGAUCUGAGAAAUUUCAUGCACAAGACGAAGUGGGAAAACGGAAUCUGCCUUUCCCAGAGCGGCAGGAGGAGGGCCCCUGUUUGGGUGUAAUGCAGAUGAAGGGGGAUUUGCUGGGGGGGAUGCAUGGAAUGAUGCUGCAAGAUUGUGUGAUUCUGGACGAAGGAAUGUUGCUGGAAGGAGGGACGGUGCUGGGGGAAAUGAUGCAGGAGGGUGUGAUGCAGGAACCAUCUUCUGAAGCAAAGCCGGAGGAGAGGAGGUGGAGAGAGGGGGACUGGCGUCAUCUCACACUUGACCCAAAGCAAAAGCCCCAUUUUGAGGCGCAACAACAAUCGCCUUUCCAGUCAUCGCAAGUAUCGCCCUUUAAGGCGCCACAAUCAUCGCCUUCUCAAGCACGGCGAAUACUGCUGGAGGACUGGCGGCCGCGCAUUCGAGCGCGGUUGGACGGGCAGGCGGUGGGGCUGGGAUGCAUUCAGCCGAGGAGCAUGAAGGAGAGGUGCCGGCGCGAUCGCAUCAGGAGAGGCCUGGAGCUGCUACAUCGUGCUCUACCCCCAUCUCUAGCAAGAUCAGAACUCGAUACAGCCACAAUGGUGGAGUCUGCACUCACUCACAUAAAAGACCUACAGGGCCGAAUUGAAGCCCUGGAGAAGAGCCCAGGAAAUGCAGCCGUCAAGACAUCAAGAUCUGCAGUGGGGGGGACAGCAUGUGGCUCAGCAGUAGGUGCAUCCAGGGGGGAGAUCAAGCCAUGGAGCAUGAAGGAGAGACGGCGGCGAGACAAGAUCAGCGAGGGAUUAAGGCAGCUAAGGCAAGCCAUACCAGAAAGUCUGCUGGGUGCACAACAAGACGUGGGUGCUAUGAUAGAAGCUGCAGUUCUACACAUAAGCAAUCUACAGGUAUGA